AGAGAGAAUCUAGAGAGAGAGAAAAAAAAAAAAACCAGGAAAAUCAGGUACAGUAGAGAGAGAAAGUAGUGUACAGGAGGAGCGUACUGCGAGCCAUUAAUGGCGGAAGGAGGUAGUAAUAAAAAGGAGAGGAAGAGCGAGGAGAGCGUCAAGCUCUUUGUAGGUCAAGUGCCCAAGAACAUGACCGAACCUCAACUCCUCGCAAUGUUCAAGGAGUUCGCCUUAGUGGACGAGGUCAACAUAAUCAAGGAUAAGAACACUCGUGCCUCUAGAGGUUGUUGCUUUGUGAUAUGUCCGUCGAGGCAGGAGGCGGAUAAAGCGGUCAAUGCCUGUCAUAAUAAGAAGACGCUGCAAGGGGCAUCGAGUCCAUUGCAAGUAAAGUAUGCAGAUGGCGAGUUAGAAAGAUUAGAACACAAACUAUUUGUUGGUAUGCUGCCAAAGAAUAUCUCUGAAGCUGAAGUUCACACUUUAUUCUCUACAUAUGGAACUAUAAAGGAGCUACAGAUUCUAAGAGGUUCUCAGCAAACAAGCAAAGGCUGUGCUUUUUUGAAGUAUGAGACUAAAGAACAAGCUCUUGCUGCCUUGGAGGCCAUCAAUGGAAAGCACAAGAUGGAGGGAUCAAGCAUUCCUUUGGUUGUCAAAUGGGCAGACACAGAAAAAGAAAGACAAGCUCGCAGGGCACAAAAAGUGCAAUCCCAAGCAUCUAAUAUGCCUAACAGUGAUUCACAACACCACUCAUUAUUUGGAGCCUUGCCUAUGGGUUACGUUCCCUCAUAUAAUGGAUAUGGAUAUCAAGCUCCAGGGAGUUAUGGACUUAUGCAAUACCGCUUGCCACCACUGCAGAAUCAGCAUGCAUUUCAUAAUAUGAUCCCUCAACUAAACCAAGGAAGUGCAUUGCGUGGGAUUACACAUGACCUUGCUGCUAAUAUGGGACCUAGAAGUUAUGCUAUGCCUCCUGCAAGUUACGUAGGCUCUGCUUAUCCUGCCGUGCCAGGCCUUCAGUAUCCCAUGACAUAUCCUGGAGGGAUGAUGGGUCAUCGGCCAUUGAGUUCCCCAGGUUCAGUGGCACCACCAAAUGCAAAUAGUAGUUCUUCAGUGUCUCCAAGUGCUGGUUCAAUUUCGGGGAGUCAGGUUGAAGGUCCACUAGGUGCAAACCUAUUCAUAUAUCACAUACCUCAAGAAUUUGGGGAUCAAGAAUUGGCCAAUGCUUUUCAAUCAUUUGGUAGGGUCUUAAGUGCGAAGGUUUUUGUCGACAAGGCAACAGGUGUCAGCAAAUGUUUUGGUUUUGUAAGUUAUGACUCUCCCACGGCUGCUCAAACCGCCAUAAGUAUGAUGAAUGGAUUCCAAUUAGGUGGUAAGAAACUGAAGGUUCAGCUUAAGAGAGACAACAAACAGAAUAAACCUUAUUGAUUGGGAGUUGAGUAAAUCUUGGAAGGAGGCAGAAAAUGCUUGCCACAUGCACUCACAUGCAACCUGGACAUAACAAGUGACCACAUCUCAGCAGUUUGGGUGGAUCAGGAUAAUCUCUUCUUAUAUCAUUCCAUCCCACUUGUAAUUGCCUCAUGGGAUUGAAAUUCCACGAACUUGUAAUUCAUGGUGCACACAGACACAAUGCCUACACAUUUGUAUUCUAUGUAUCAUUGAAGUUCAUUUAUUGAUUCUUCCUCAAAAAUAUCUAUCGGUGGUAUAAUUUCUUGGAAACAUUCAUAAAUUUGAUGUUCCCCA